CUCCUCUUCCCUUGCCUCCUUCCCCGGCUCCCUUCCCCUGCCGCCGCCACCCUCCCAUCACCUCCUCCCCGGGCUCCAGCCAUCCGCGUUGUGCAGCUCAGCUCCGCUUUGCAGACCACUGAGUGUGUGCCGCCGAGUGUGUGAUUAUCUCCGUGGGCAUUUGGCAUGUAAAUAGCCGAGAAGGAGAAAACCAGAAAAAAACGUGAACGUCCCUUUUGUGGAACCUUCUGCAGGAGUUCAGGAAUUUCAGGAGUGGUCUUCUGGUGUAAACUGGUUUUUCAAGAGACAUUCCAGCCAUUAUGAAUGAAGUAGCAAUAGUCAAGGAAGGGUGGCUUCACAAACGAGGAGAAUACAUAAAAACAUGGAGGCCGCGGUACUUCCUUCUGAAGAACGAUGGCACGUUCAUUGGGUACAAGGAGCGACCACAAGAUGUUGACCAGCGGGAGUCACCUUUAAAUAACUUCUCAGUAGCUCAGUGCCAGCUGAUGAAGACAGAACGACCUAAACCAAACACAUUUAUCAUUAGAUGCCUCCAGUGGACCACAGUAAUUGAAAGAACAUUUCAUGUGGAGACUCCAGAGGAGCGGGAAGAAUGGACAAAAGCCAUCCAAACAGUAGCAGACAGCCUCAAGAAACAAGAGGAAGAGAUGAUGGAUUUUAGAUCUGGUUCUCCCAGUGAUAAUUCAGGUGCUGAAGAAAUGGAGGUUUCUAUGACAAAGCCAAAACACAAAGUGACCAUGAAUGAGUUUGAAUACCUUAAACUACUGGGAAAAGGCACUUUUGGAAAGGUCAUUUUAGUCAAAGAAAAAGCAACUGGACGGUAUUAUGCUAUGAAAAUUCUGAAGAAGGAAGUGAUUGUAGCAAAGGAUGAAGUAGCGCACACCCUGACAGAAAACCGUGUUUUACAGAAUUCACGGCAUCCGUUCCUAACAGCUUUAAAGUAUUCCUUUCAGACACAUGAUCGCUUAUGCUUUGUUAUGGAGUAUGCUAAUGGAGGGGAGUUGUUUUUCCACCUGUCAAGAGAACGUGUCUUUUCUGAAGACCGGGCUCGUUUUUAUGGAGCUGAGAUUGUUUCAGCACUGGAUUACCUGCAUUCAGAGAAGAACGUGGUUUAUAGAGAUUUGAAGCUGGAAAAUCUUAUGCUGGAUAAAGAUGGACACAUAAAAAUUACAGACUUUGGACUAUGUAAAGAAGGCAUCAAGGAUGGAGCAACAAUGAAGACUUUCUGUGGCACUCCAGAGUAUCUCGCACCAGAGGUGCUGGAAGAUAAUGACUAUGGUCGUGCAGUGGACUGGUGGGGUUUAGGAGUUGUGAUGUACGAAAUGAUGUGUGGCCGUCUCCCUUUCUACAAUCAGGACCAUGAAAAGCUCUUUGAACUCAUCCUUAUGGAAGAGAUUAGAUUCCCACGUACCUUGUCUCCUGAAGCAAAAUCUCUUUUGUCAGGUUUGCUGAAGAAAGAUCCUAAGCAAAGGUUAGGUGGUGGUCCUGAUGAUGCCAAGGAGAUUAUGCAGCACAAAUUCUUUGCUGGCAUUGUUUGGCAAGACGUAUACGAGAAAAAGCUGGUACCUCUGUUUAAGCCACAAGUUACAUCUGAAACAGAUACAAGGUAUUUUGAUGAAGAAUUUACAGCACAGAUGAUAACAAUCACUCCUCCUGACCAAGAUGACAGCAUGGAUUGUGUAGAUAACGAGAGAAGACCUCAUUUUCCUCAGUUCUCCUAUUCAGCCAGUGGAACCGCUUAAUGUUUUGCAAUGUUUUCCCACUCAGAAACAAAACAGACUGCAUUUUGGGGACCUUACUUCAAUGGACACUAGAGAACUUUCUAUAUUAUCUGAAUUACAAACUGUGUUUGUAUUACAAUUUAGAUGACUUUGUAGGAUGCCUCACAGAUUCUGUAUUUAAACCAAUUCUUUGAUGCAUUUUUGAGAAGGAAAACAGAUCCAUUCUUAAAGUAUUAUGUCAAAGCUUUUAUGCUGAAUGACCAUAGGUUUCUAAGAAUAUACACCAAAUCUGUUUACUUUAGAAAUAAUUAAGAUAUUCAACAUAUCAGCAACUCUGACCAGAAAAUCCCCUUAUUUUAUUUAUUUCAUACAGUUCAUUAUCUAAAUAUAGAAUCUGCACUCUGAACAAUUAGAUUUAUAUAGGAAGAUGUUAAGACUUUAGUAGCUAGUGCAAUAAUAUAAGCAACAAAGUGAACAAACUCUGGAGGGUUAAGGUUCAAACUCAUUUUUGGACAGCAGCGAAGUCAUCCAACUCCAGAAAACCAACUCUAGAACAGCAUUAAUGGCCUCAGUGAGGUAAUUAAAAAAGCAAAAGUUAUUUUUGUUAUAACAUCUGCUACAAGACAUUACAUAUCAAACUGAAUCCAGUGGAAUUGCCACACUGUACAGAUGAAUACUCCAUUCUAGACAGUGCAUUUAAAUUGUUCCAUUCGCGUAGAGUUUAGGAAUACUUCAUAGGAUUGGCUUCUCAGAACCUAAUUUACCAAUCUAAUAUGAAAUGCAGCGGCACAGAAUCACCCACUUUCACCACUGUAUAAAAAAUAGCAUACAGAUCCAAGUGAGAAAUUAAUGAGUCAGCCAGACAAAAGUACCUUUUUGGCACUGAAGUAAUGACUUGUUGCCGCCUUUUCUUUUUUUCUUGGUGGUGUUGUUUGGUUUUGUUGUUUGUUUUUUUUUUUUAAUGAGAAGAUAUAUGAAUAUAUAUAAACACUUAAUGAUUUUUUUUUUUUUGUUUUGGGAUCAUGCCAGACCAUUUCUUUAUUCUUGAGUGUGCAUUAAAGGUGUCAGCCGGCAGUUCACGGUGCCUUCUCACUCUUGAAGAUUCACUUUAGCAGUGUUUCCCCAUGUAUAAGGAAAAAAACAAAGCCUAGGUUGAAACUUCGUAUGUGUUUGAAUAAUAAUGGUGUUCAAAAAGUGAAUUUUUUUUUUUUUCUUCUUUUCGUUUGUUUGUUUGUUCUUCAUUUUUAAUCUUAGUGGAAAAUUCCCCACGCCCUAUUUUUGUUGUAUCAUGUUUCCUUUGUAAUUUUCAUAAAAGCAGUCUUACUCUGUCUCUGCUGCGAAUGAAUUUAUUCCGUUGUAGGUUGCGUUCUCUUAAUUUUGCCUUCUUUUUUUUUGUUGUUGUUGUUUUGUUUUUCAUUCUUUGGACUGUAUAAAAAAUGUACUGCAGUUAACUAGCAUUUAAUUAUUUUUUAAUUUGAAAGGGAGUCUGUUAUGAAAACCCCCUCGCUUCCCCUUUCCAUCAGAAACUGCUGUCUUUUGCACAGAGAGCCCCAUCAUCCUGACUGUUUUUAAUGCCAUUCAGCUCUAGUCUUUUUACUCAUGAUAUGAAAAUUUCCCUCCCGAUACUUCAAUAAAAGUCGCUUUAAUGAGUUAGGUUCUUAUUUCUUGUGGUAGGAGCCUUCCGAAUUUAUAGAGAUGCAACAGCUCCAGUUGCUUGAGUUUGAUGUGCCUGUCGUUGAGGGACUUAGACUUUUCUGCCCCUCUUCAGUUGUUUCAUCUCUGUGCUGAUAAUUAUGCAAAGAUGAUUUUGGAAGAUGUUGAAAGAACAAGACCCUGUGCCAGAAAUAGUUGUCUCGAGGUGAACGAGGACAGGCUUCAUUUUGCUGUCCUCCUGCUGCCAGUGAGAUUGUGUUACUCAGGCCCUAAUAUUAAAAGAUGUUUCUAUUCCAGUCA